AGAAUGGCGACCAUGGUCGUCUUUGCUUUGGCUGGACCGAUUCUUCUCAAAUACAUCGUCAUUAUCUCUAAUUUAGACAGUGCUAUGGGGGGAGUUCUGGAUUCAUCCACCAUUAAGGCAGUUCCACUUCAGGAUGAUUUUACAACAGAGCCUAUAGGCAACCUAAAGUUUUAUGCAAGGGAAGACACAACAGUUAGGGCGGUUCCCCUUCAGGAUGGUUUCUCUACGGAACAAGGCGAACCAGAGAACAGAAGGAGUGGGGUUAUGAUGAGGGAAGAUACAACUGAACCUCAAUCCAAAAUGUCGUCUUCUAUAGACGAUAAUUCAAAUGUCGAUGCAAAAUCUUCAAGCAACGCCGAAACAUCUACAUCAUCUUCCGACACCCCCGACUCCUCCAGCUCCUCCAGCUCCUCCAGCUCCUCCAACUCCUCCAGCUCCUCCAGCUCCUCCAGCUCCUCCAGCUCCUCCAGCUCCUCCAGCUCCUCCAGUUUGCCUCCAGGCAGAAUACAGUGGUCUCCAUACAAACGAUCUCUGGAACUUUCUGACAACCCGGAGAAAAAUGAGAAGCUUGAAACCUUGAAAUCUCCGAUGGUUCUGUUCCCAAACUUUUCUGGUUCUCUGGGUAGGUGGGAGAGUAAGGAUAAGGUGGAAACUCAGAUACUGAAUAUUAAACCUGCAUUCAUCCUUCCAGCUGUAGAAAUUAUAGAAGAAGAAUGUAAUGACAAUAAGGAGGAGGAGGAGGAGGGUGGAGAUGAGGAGAAGGAGGAGGAUGUGAAGGAGGAGGAGGGAGAAAGUAGGAGGAGAACUAGAAGAUCAACUCCUGUUGUUACUUGUGGAGGUGUUUAUAGAGAUCUGUACGGUGUGUUCACAUCUCCUGAGUUCCCUUUGUACUAUCCUAACAAUAAGAAUUGUAUCUACGAUAUAGAGGUCCCCUCUGACAACUAUACUAUCAAGGUUACUUGCGACGCCUUUACUCUUCAGGGCUGGGACAACUGUACUCAUGAUUAUAUCCUGGUUUCUCCGUCCGGAGAUACAACUUUCUCCGACGGAGAGAAAUAUUGCGGAGGCGCUUCUCCGGUUCUCCUCAGCUCUGGAAACCGUCUCACUAUAAAGUUUAAGUCCGAUGAUCUCUUUAGGUACCAAGGAUUCUCCUGUAGAUACAGAGCUCUUCAGCUAAACGGUAUUGCAGUUCCAGGAACAUUUGGGAACACGACUGUAAACAAACCAACAGGGAACUCAUUCCUUCAGAUAGUUCAGUGUCAAGCUCUAGGAGGAGCAACUGCUCUAGAUACCUCUAACCCUGAUGGAUCAGAUGAUGAGUCAGGAUCAGCUUCAUUGUAUUCAGGAUUAUGGAACGGUAUGUGUGGGAACGGAAACCUACCUCCUCCUCCCAGUCCUACUAACCGUAUAGUGGGAGGAUGGCCGACUACAGAGCAUCAAUUCCCCUGGAUGGCAGCUGUUCUCAGACGAUGUGAAGAUCAAUUUUGUCAGAUUUGUGGAGCUACUAUUAUAUCAGAGGAAUGGAUUCUUACUGGAGCCCACUGUAUGGCGACUGUACCAGCUGCUGAGCUGGGGAUUCUGGUCGGAGACUACAACCUCUUCACCAUCAGCAACAGCCAGAAGUUUAUCAAGGUGAAGGACAAGGUUAUUCAUCCGGACUACAAUGUUCCUUCUCCGCUUAACAACAAUAUAGGCUUAAUCCGGCUUGAGACUCCGAUAGUUUUCACCAAGUUUAUCUCUCCCCUAUGUUUACCUGCACUCGGAGAAACUGGGUUUGGGGGUUUUGCAUACAAGAAUGCAACCGUACUUGAUACUUCAGGCUUGAAUAUAGUUGGACAGAAUGCUACAGUGUUGGGGUGGGGGAUGAUAAAUGAUGACGGGGUCUAUGCUGAAAGUCUGAGAGGAGUUCAGGUUGAAAUAUUGGAAAACGAGGAAUGUAACAAACUUUACGGAAUAAUGACGGAAACUAUGAUGUGCACUUCUGGAAACAACGGACGCGGAACGUGCUACGGAGACAGUGGUGGCCCAGCGGUUGUUUUACAACCCGACGGUACCUAUGUACAGGUUGGAAUCCUUUCUUUUGGUGCUCUAGCUGGCUGUGAGCUUGGAUAUCCUAGUGGUCAGGUUCUUGUUCAUAAGUUUAUAGAUUGGAUCCAGGUAGUCACUAACAUAGCGUUCGGAGCACGGUUCGGAUAAAUCUGAAGCAGGACGGGAGAACACAAGAUUGAACGGUUUUAAUCAUCAUCAUCAUCAUCGUAAAUUUAUUAUUGUAUUCGUUAUUAUCAUAACACUGUAAUUAAUAUGUUUAAUUGCAUUUUUAUCUCUGACUAAAAUUGUUUUUUAGCUAUACAGAUUUCUUUUGUUUCUGUAUCAAAUAUAAUCACAGACAUA